AUGGUCCUCCAUCAGCCUGAAAACAAACAUGUCCUUAAGGCAUUUGACCUGAGCGGCAAGGUUGCUGCUAUUACGGGCGGUGCUCGUGGUAUCGGCCUUGAAGUUUCAAAAGCACUGGCAGAAGCCGGUGCUAAUGUUGCUCUGAUCUACAACUCAUCCAAAACCGCCGAAGACAUCGCCGCAACAAUCGCAUCCGAGAACAACGUCAAAGCAGCCGCGUACAAAGCCGACGUCGGCAACCAAGCGGACAUAGAAAAAGCAGUCCAACAAAUUGCCGCAGACUUUGGAAACCUAGACAUCAUCGUUGUGAACUCGGGGAUCACAUCCAGCAUCGCGGCGGAAGAUUACUCUACGGAACAAUGGAGGGACAUCAUGAAGAUUAACCUCGACGGCGCUUUUUAUACCGCCCAGGCUGCGGCGCGGAUCUUCAAGAAGCAGGGAUAUGGAAAUGUUAUUUUCACAGCGUCAGUUAGUGCGACAUUGGUGAAUGUUCCGCAGAAGCAAGCUGCGUAUAAUGCGUCGAAGGCUGGUGUGGUGCAGAUGGCUAAGUGUUUGUCUGUUGAGUGGGUUGAUUUCUGUCGGGUUAAUUGCAUCUCGCCUGGCUUUAUUGCGACGGAUAUCCUUGAUAUUCAUCCCCAGGAGUGGAAGGAGAAGUGGUUUGAUAUGAUUCCGGCGAAGCGGAUGGCGCAGUCAUAUGAAUUAAAAGGAGCUUAUGUAUUCUGUGCGUCCGAUGCUUCGAGUUAUAUGACCGGUGCGGACCUUGUCAUUGAUGGCGGAUACACACUGCCGUAGUAGUCUUCGAAUCGUGGACUUGUGCAAUCACACAUAUUAUUCUAGACCUGGCAAUUGAUUCAUGAAAUCCAUAAUCGUCGAUUCUUGUCUGUGACCCGUUAGAAAUAGUAACAGUAUCCAACAGGCCAGCAACGUACAGUAUAGAAUCAACCCCAUCAAGCUGCGCCAUCUCCAACGUCGGCCACAUUAAUGGGUACAAACUCGCCAAUUGCGUCUGCGGCGAC